AUGGAAGUGGGUGUAUAUAUACUUCACCGGUUGGAGGAGCUGGGUGUAAAGUCAUUCUUCGGAGUACCCGGAGACUUCAACCUGGGGUUCCUGGAUCUCAUCGACGAUUAUCCCGGCAUAGCCUGGGUCGGAAAUUGUAACGAGCUCAACGCAGCGUAUGCUGCUGACGGAUACGCUCGUAUCAAGACAGGUAGUGUCGGUGCUGUAUUAACCACGUACGGAGUAGGAGAGCUUUCUGCUAUAAAUGGGAUCGCUGGAGCCUAUGCCGAGAUCGUCCCAGUAGUCCACAUCGCGGGUUUCCCGAGUCUACAGGAGCAGAACGACAAACCUUUGUUACACCAUACUCUCGGUGACGGACGAUACAACGUCUACGCUCAGGCCGCGGAAUUAUUCACAUGCUCUCAUACGAUUCUCAACGACGCAAACCUAGCACCUGCGGAGAUUGAUCGUGUUUUGAGCGAUUGUGUUCUUCAGUCCCGUCCGGUAUACAUCGCCCUCCCAACCGAUAUCGCUUACAUCAAGAUAUCUUCCACCCGUCUUACUAUUCCUCUCCCGAGACUCCCUGUACCCAACGACCCUCUCGCUGAAUCCGCCGCCAUCGCGGAGAUUGUUAGAUUAAUCAACGAAGCAUCGGGCGAUGUAGCUGUAUUAGUCGACGUAGGUGCUCUUCGGUAUGGUGUCGCAGAGGAAGUGAGAAGGUUCGUGGAGAAAACUGGGUUCGCGGUGUAUGCUACCCCGAUGGGUAAGACGGUGAUUAGUGAAGGGUAUGAGCGGUACGGUGGGCUGUACACGGGAGCCACUACGCGUCCGGAAAUCAAAUCCCAAAUCGAGGAGGGAGCGGGAUUGGUGAUUUCAAUCGGGGCGUUGAAGAGUGAUCUGAAUACUGGGAAUUUUACCCAUAAAUUAGAUAUCGCGCGUACUGUCGAGUUGCACCAUACCACUACAAAGAUCAAAUUUUCGGAAUACGGUGGUGUAGGAAUGAAAUACCUCUUACCCAAACUCACUUCUGCUCUCUCUUCUUCUUCUUCUUCUUCCUCCUCCUCCUCUAUCAAAUCACAAGCUCUCGCCACCCCAGUCACCCAAUGGAUAUACCCCCUUCCUCAAGAACCCAAUGAACCCAUCGUCAUCUCCCACGCCUGGCUCUGGGCCCGUGUCACACAAUUCCUCCGACCCCAAGACGUGGUCAUCGCAGAGACCGGGACCUCCGCGUUUGGUGUAUUAGAUAUCCCUUUUCCCCCCAACGCGGUCUUCGUCAGCCAGAUUCUUUGGGGGAGUAUCGGUUGGACUGUGGGAAGCACACUUGGCGCUGCGAUGGCGGCGAGGGAGAGGAACCUUGGGAGGACGAUUUUGUUCAUUGGGGAUGGUAGUAUUCAGUUGACAGUGCAGGAGCUGUCUACGAUGCUCAGAGAAGGACUCAAGCCAAUUAUAUUCCUAUUGAAUAACAGUGGAUACACAAUCGAGCGUGCUAUCCGCGGGGAAAACAGAAAAUACAACGAUAUCGUCAACUGGGGCUGGCCUCAUCUCAUGAAAGCCCUCGGAGACGUCGAUGGCACGAGAACUAAAUCCUACGUGACCAACACGAAAGCGGAAUUCGACGCUCUCUUGAACGAUGCGGAGUUCUCCGAUGGAGCGGGUACGGUGAUGCAAUUUGUGGAGAUUGGGAUGAGGAUGCUGGAUGCUCCGGCUUCGUUGAAAGCUGGGACACCGGUGGGUCGGAAAUGGUGA